UUUUACGUAGACUCCAACCCCCUUCUCUCUAAACCGCCGUUGAUCGGUUUCCAGUCAGAAACAAAACAAAAGCGGCGGGAGGAGGUGGCGGCGGCGGCGGGUUGUGAAGGCCGCCCGGAGAAUGAACGACGUAGAAACUGGUGAAGGUGAAAGAGAAGCGGGGACAAGCAGCAACGAGUUGACUUUCUCCUUUGGCAUCUGUGUGGGCAGUGCCACACACUCCCCAAACCAACAACGGCUUUUGCUUGCAUUUUCCAGUGUUUCUUUUGUCAGAAAGUGCAGCAAAGUUGUAACUCUUCCAGUGCCAGCCCCGAGCUGAGUGAGGAGCCGCCGACAGACAUGGUGAAAAUGACAAAGUCUAAAACUUUCCAGGCUUAUCUGCCAAAUUGUCACAGAACCUACAGCUGUAUUCACUGUAGAGCGCAUUUAGCCAAUCAUGAUGAGCUGAUAUCCAAGUCAUUUCAGGGAAGUCAAGGGCGAGCCUACCUCUUCAACUCUGUGGUAAAUGUCGGCUGUGGCCCAGCAGAAGAGCGGGUCCUUUUAACCGGGUUGCACGCAGUGGCUGAUAUAUACUGUGAGAACUGUAAAACCACACUCGGCUGGAAAUAUGAACAUGCCUUUGAAAGCAGUCAGAAGUACAAGGAAGGAAAGUUUAUCAUUGAACUGGCUCACAUGAUAAAAGACAAUGGCUGGGAGUGAGUCCUGUCCGCUGGUCAGGUUGCCUCGCUUUGAAAGCUAUAUUACAGGCAAUGUAAAACUGAACUGUGGAUUUUGUUCUAGAGCAACCGAUAAAAUAUUGAACUUUACAAAAGAAAAAGAAAAAAGUAACCUCAUGGAUUGGUAGAGUAGCGUAUGGACACGUUGUGGCUGGACUUAAAUAUUCACAUGUCUUUGAAGGUUCCUUCUCCCUCCUCCCAUCCAGUAAAAGUAUUCUUGUGUGUGAUCAGCUGUUAACUGUCGCACACUGGAUUAGAUCCUCCCCAUCCUCCAACUUGUAAAUUUACAUGUCCUUGGGACCUGUGUCGGCUUGCAGUUAGGUUUUUGUGCAUGCCUAUAUUCUCUGUUUUUUAUCCCCUCCACACAUCUCAGCAUCCCAGUUCCGAAGCUGAAGGAGCGAGAGUGCGUCAGACAAGAAUCUACAAGGAAAACAACUCCCAACCUUACAAGACUUCUACCAUGGAACUUGCAGGGUCAGGUGUACCAUGUCCUGGGACUGAAGACACUGCAGAUGACAAGAUGGUGUUCAGUGCUGCUGUUAGGGGGGGUUUCCAAAGUGCAGAGAAGUGCCAGCUUCCAGUAAUGUUCCUUUUGGUUUGCACAUAUUUAGGAAACUCCAAGGAUGGGGAAUGGAUCUCAUGGCAAAGGAGAAAACCAACUCCGAAUAAUAAUUCCUGAACUAAAGAUUAUUUGCUCCAGACUAAUUCACAUUUCAGAAACCCUGUGCAAAGAAAGAAAGAAAAAAAAAUAAAAUAGUUGGCGUGGUCGGACCUCGUGUGGGAGCAAGGUGGUCUGCAGAGCCAGUUAUUGUAUAACUGGUGCCGCAGACAUCAGAAUUGUGUUAUGGCUGGUUCCAUAUACCAUUUCUUUAAUGCACUGGAUAAAGAGGGCAUUUUGACAUGUUAGGCGUGCUCCCGCUUUUUUGCACAUUCACAAUGUAGGGAAUCUUUCUGGUGAAAAGGCCCUUCUUGUUUGUAUAGUAUAUUCCCCAUUUUGUGUAGCAUAGGUAAUUUAAGCCUUGGGGUGUGGGUGGUUUGCUGGUUAAAUCUCUCCCAAAGUUUCUUGUAUCUUAUUUUUAACGAAUGAAACUGAAGUAAAUGUUACUGACCUCACAUGUUACAUUGCACAGCGCGAAGGAAAUUGUGAGCGGACUGAGCCUAACCUCCACCAUUUCCCUGUGUGUGGCAUGUGUCCCGGUGGGGCCCGCUUUUCUAAAGAUAACAAUCAAAGUACCCGCACAUAUUUUUUUUAUUUUAUUAUAUUUUUUGCCCCUUCUACAGACCUCGGUGAGCUGAGGCCCAGACAUCUGCUCUAAAUGUACUUGCUCUGCGCUUUUCUGGUGAAUGUGGGCUUUGCAUUACUAUAGCUGAUUUGUUUUCCCCCCUUCCGAAAAGUGAAAUGUAAUAUUUUAUCCUCUGCACAUAAACUAUUUGGAAAGGUGUUAAGGUAUUCACCAGCCUUGAGAGGGCCGGGUGGGUUUACAACCAGAUUUGGCUUUUGCAGGACUAUUUUAUUUUUCUAUACAACACUACCACUACUGUGAGCACUUUGAAUCAAAUGAUACUAUCCCCUGCCCUAUUCUGUACAAGUCUAUGUAAUGCUAACUCUCUCAGUGCUGCUGCUUAAUGCAUUAUCUAGAACUAGGCUGAACUGCACUUUAUGCUUUUCGUCGAUUUAUCAGCUCUUGCUUGUAUUACAUUUCUAUAAGGUAGAUUACUUCUACCAUACAUAGGUAGAGAACCUCUUUAUUUUCGGUGCAUUCUUUACAUACAGUCAUUUUUAGCUCUGUGUGUAUCAGAUCUUCACGUGGUUGCUAAUCUACCAUCUUAAUGAUCUAUCAAACCUCUGCUAGUACUGAAAGGGGUUCUCCAGGUGCCUGCACUAAAGUUUAGAGGAACACGUUCUACUAUAAUCUAAUCUUUUAGCUGAAUUUAUAUCAUUUGCUUAUGGUAAGUUCACAUGCAGAGCUCAUGGUGCGGCAGAAAGCCAAUAGGAGCGGUAUCUGUGAAAUCUGUCGCACCUUUACCUUCACAUGUGAAUAUGAGCGAGCGUGCUGACCUGUGUAAUCCAAAUUCCAAGGGUUGACACAUUAUGUACUCUAUCCCUAUAUAUUUUGCUAUGCACUUUGCUAAGGAUCCCUUGAACACGUGCACAAAUAAGCAAUGCACGGUUCAAAGUGAUUUCUUAUUGGCCUCUAAAUUUAUAUUAAAGCAUAAUUUAAAGAAAAAUCUAAUAAACCGCCACCUUCAGUAGCCUGUUCUUGCCUCAUGAACAAAGCACCCACCAGUUUUUAGUGGCUCCCGGUUGUGGCAACGGUUAUAUAUAAAUCUAUAGGACAGUCUGGUUACUGGUCCUGAUUUGUCUUUGUUUUACAGCAGUUUGCAUAAAACUUGAAAAAAAAAAAUAUAUGUAUAAAAUAAUAAAAAACAAAAACAUUUUCCAUCUAACCAGUUUUUUUGUAUAUAAUACCUAUGGAUAAUAUUUAAGCGUUUUGUGUUUAUGGUAAGGUUUCCUCCCUCCAAAAAUAUUUUUUUUUAUGAUUCUUGUAGCUACUUAAUUUUUCUGUAUGUGUGUGUGUGUUUAUAUAUUAUAUUUUUUUUUUUAUAUAUAAGCUGUUUGGAAAUUAGGAUUCAUUACAUUUUUGUGUUUCAGUACUAAAACUGUCCCUAUACCUUGAUGGCAGGCUUGCCAUGCCUUUCCCUGGAUACACAGUGAUUCUAGGGGGCUUGUACUUGAUCAGGUGCUCUGUUCUACAUGUCCUAGUGCCAGUGACGAAGUUGAAUACUACUUAAUGUGACUUUUACUUCAUCCAGUGCUGUUCCACUUUUUGGCCAACAGUGACGAGAUUGUAACCCUGCCUGAUGUGACACUUAGGACUUAAUAUUGAUGGACAUUGACUUCACUAUGUUUCAUCAACUCCUAGGUCUCUAUUGAGCGUCCUUCCAUAAAACUGCUAGAAUAUCUACCCUCUUUAUAGAGUUCUCAUGCCAGAUACAAGGGGCAACCAUAUAGCCGCCAUCUAAGAUCCUUGUGGUUAGUUUAUAAUGAAGAGAUGGUCUACAAGCUACUUGUGUAAUGAUUUGAAUGGCCACUUGAUAUUUCCACAACUAGGUGAAUAGUUCUUUGUAAAGUGCAUGUAUUUUGCAUUCUUCUGUGCGUGGCUAUUUGUUGGAUCCGAGUAGCAGGGGGAGGGAAAUGCCUGGAAAGUAUUUGCAAACUCUAACAUUUGCUUUGUAUUUUACAGUUUUGCAAAUAUGUCAUGAGUCCUAUGCGCCUGAGUUACAUUUCUGCAUUUAACUCUAUCACUGUUGGGUUAAGUAAUGUCAAUGGCAAGUGUGAUUCAAAGGCUUUUCUGGCUUCAUAAUAAUUUUUUGCCCAGAGUACCCCAAACACUGUAUAUUUGUGUCUCAUAUACCUGUUUUCCAUGUCAGAACUUUUCUUCCUUUUUUUUUUUCUGCAUCAUUUCAUCUGGGCAGGAUGUUAACAUGCAGAACUUCCUGUUUUUAUCAGCUUCCUGUUGGUUUUACUAAUGCCUAGCACUGUAAAGUUUCCCAGGGUGUGCUUUCCCUGCCACACAGGUCUCUCUGUAGUAGUCAUGUAGCUAUAUCUCCACUCUUCAUGUUGGCUAGGCGGAGAGAGCCCUGUCAAACAUGCUGGGAUUGGUUAAAUACCCUGCAGGAAGCUGAUGACCAUAGAAAGUUCUGCAGGUAAAUUUCCUGCCAGGAUGCAGUGGUGUGAGAAAAGGGGGAGGAAAGUGCUGACAUGAAAUAACUGUACAUAAGGCAAAAAAUAUGCAGUAUUUGGAGUACUCUUGGCAGCUAAAACCAUUAUGAAACCAGAUAACCCCUUUUAAAGGGGUUGUCUAACUUAUUGGACUUACCUGUCAAUACCAGCCUGCUGUACAUAUUGAAAAUAAUUAUGCUUACCUGUUUCCCACUACCCCAUUCUUGGUCUUCCUGUCCCCUUUCUGUAAACUUCUGGCCAAAUGGGAUCACCUUCGGUGCUGCAGCCAGUGACUGGCCAGGUGAGUGUGACUUUUAAUUUUUUCAAAAACAGGUAAAGCAGGCUAGUGUUAACAGUAAAAAAAAAAAAAAGUCUAAAAUGCUGGACAACCCCUUUUGAGAUCAUGCUUCUGACAGUUUUUUUUUUUGUUGUUGUUUUUUUCCCCUCCACAAUCUACUGGCCUUCAUGGCAAGGAUUAGAAAUGACUUGUUAUAACUGUGACAUUCUUAUCCCUGUGACAGAAGUCAGACACCCCAGAACAUUAUGGGUUAAACAGGCCUAAGCUUUAUUCACUGUGCAUGUUGUGAACUUGGACCACUAAGUGUUAGAAGUCUGCUGAGCAGAGCUUCUAGAUGUUCAUCCCUGAAAACCUUCUGUACUGAGAUAGGAUUUACAGACAGGGCCACUGUUCUGAAUGGGACAUGGUGCCACCAAUGUGAUGCCUAGUGCCGACAUCUCACUCACUAUUUUACACUGAAACUUUUUUUUUUUUUUUUGAGAUGUCAUAGCUUUGCUGUUCUGUCCUAGCUAUAUUGUACAACACUUGUGUGAUUUGUUUCACGUUGUUGUAUACAAUUUGAGGUAUCACAAUAAAAGGCUUUAAUCAG